AUGUUUCAGACGUUUAAAGACUGGUUUUGGUUGGAAAGAUUCUGGCUCCCUCCGGCAAUAAAGUGGUCAGACCUCGAGGACCACGAUGGUCUUGUCUUCGUAAAACCCUCUCAUCUGUACAUGACCAUCCCCUAUGCCUUUGGCCUGCUGAUUAUCCGGCAUUUCUUUGAAAGAUUUAUCGCCACACCUCUAGCAAAGGCUGUGGGUAUCAAAGAGGAAGUUCGGAAGAUUAUACCGAACACUGUCUUAGAGACUUUUUACAGACGCUCUACGAGAAAUCCAUCUGAGGACGAUGUUUACGGCCUGGCGAAGAAGUGCAACCUGACUGAGCGCCAGGUGGAAAGAUGGUUUCGGAGCCGGCGGAACCAGGACAGGCCUUGCAGGAUGAAAAAAUUCCAGGAGGCUUGCUGGCGAUUUGCAUUCUACUUGAUGAUCACUGUGGCUGGAAUUGCAUUUCUUUAUGAUAAACCUUGGGUGUAUGACCUCGGGGAAGUGUGGAAUGGCUAUCCCAGACAGCCCUUGCUGCCAUCCCAGUACUGGUACUACAUCCUGGAAAUGAGUUUUUAUUGUUCUCUCUUAUUUAGCCUGGGCUCCGAUGUGAAGAGGAAGGAUUUCCUCGCUCACGUCAUCCACCACCUGGCUGCGCUCAGCUUGAUGAGCUUCUCCUGGUGCGCUAACUACAUCCGCAGCGGGACCCUGGUGAUGAUUGUGCACGACGUGGCCGACAUCUGGCUGGAGUCUGCCAAGAUGUUUUCUUAUGCUGGAUGGAAGCAAACUUGCAAUACCCUGUUCUUCAUCUUCUCCGCCAUAUUCUUCAUCAGCCGCCUCGUUAUCUUCCCCUUCUGGAUCUUGUAUUGCACGCUGGUGAUCCCGAUGCUUUACCUGGAGCCGUUCUUCUCCUACAUCUUCCUCAACCUGCAGCUCAUGGUCCUGCAGGUCCUGCACCUGUACUGGGGCUACUUCAUCCUGAAGAUGCUCAAGAGAUGCAUUUUCACGAAGAACAUCCAGGACGUGAGGAGCGAUGACGAGGACGAGGAGCAGGAAGAAGCGGGAGAGGAGGAGGACGAGGGGGAGGAAGAGGCGGCCAGAGACAAGGAGAGAGACUGUCUGCAGAACGGACUCGGGCCCGACCGGAGCCUCCUUCCCAACGGCCACCACGGCCGUUAG